GAGACUGACAUUUGCAUUUCGCUGCGUCCGAAACAGCAGCUUCUCUCUGGAUCGAUCGAACAUCUCUGCAGUGUCUAUGUAUACAUGUGAAACCAGCUCACUGUUUGUUUCGAUAAACAUCGGUGUAAGGUUGUCGUCCACACCCCCACCCACCAAGAAUCACUCAUAGCCACCUCCAAACUCGAAAAGGAAACGGAAACUCCACCGCCAUGGCCGGUGAAUCCUCAAGAAACGGGCGUGGGAUCGACCGGGACCGCAAAAGUCGAGACCUUGGCGGUACUUCCGCUGGCGGGCACCGCGAUUUCGCCGGCGGCGGCGGCGGCGGCGGCGCGUUUCAGUACCUCAUAGUGAACCCGCACGGCGGAGGGGUCCGUGACCUGUUGAAGUACGGCGUGCGGGGCGACGCGAGGAGCGGAGUGAAGUUCUUGGAGAGCUCGAAAGGGGGCGAAUUCGUGGGAGCGGUCGCGAGUGAUCACAGAUGGGUCAUAGUGGUCUCGGUCAUCGCGCGCAGGCUCAUCGCUUUCUUUGGGAGGCCCAUGCAGUGGACCGGUUUCUUGGUGGACAUCGUUCUCAAUCUCCUCUCCGAAAAUGGCAACUUUCUCGGGUUGCUCUCCAAUUUAAUUGGCGGAAAUGUUGUAGUCCCACGUAGAGACUCAGAUACAUUCAUCAGCAUCAUUGGCCAUUUAGAUGGGCGAAUUGACCUCUACAAAGGCAUGAAUGUGCCGGACCAACAUGGUGACGCUGCAUUUGAAGAAAGCAUUGUGAGAGUAGAAUUGGGAAAUCGCGCUUUGAUGGACCUCUGCAUCAUGGCAUCGAAGCUAGCAUACGAGAACGAAAAAGUCGUUAGAAAUGUGGUAGUUCAGCGCUGGAAGAUGCAUUUUGUGGAUUUCUACAACUGCUGGAAUGAUUACCAAAAGGCAAGGUCGACUCAAGUGUUCAUUCUAUGCGACAAGCCUGUAGAUGCAAAUCUCAUACUAAUCGGCUUCAGGGGCACGGAACCUUUUGAUGCUGACGAUUGGUGUACCGAUUUCAAUUAUUCCUGGUAUGAGAUCCCGAAAUUGGGAAAAGUUCAUAUGGGAUUCUUGGAAGCCUUAGGUUUGGGCAACAGAACUAACACGGUCACCUUCCAAGAGAACCUCCAAUUAGACAAGAAGAAAUUUGCUCUUGCCAAUGGUGCUAAUGCUUCUGACUCAGAAGCGUUAGCAAGCACCAGCAAUGACGGGUUUGGGCCACAGACGGCAGAGAUGACUGCAUAUUAUGCCGUGAGAAGUAAGCUUAAGAACCUACUUGAGGAGCACAAGAAAGCAAAAUUCGUAGUCACAGGACACAGUUUAGGUGGCGCCCUUGCCAUUUUGUUCCCAACAGUGUUGGUGCUGCAUGAGGAGAUGGAGGUAAUGCGAAGAUUGUUGGGCGUGUACACAUUUGGCCAACCGAGAGUUGGGGACAGGCAGCUCCAGAGGUUCAUGGAAAAGCAUUUGGACUAUCCCUACCCGAAAUACUUCAGGGUUGUGUACUGUAAUGACGUUGUUCCAAGGUUGCCUUAUGAUGAUCGAACUUUCUUGUAUAAACAUUUUGGAAUAUGUCUAUACUAUGAUAGCUGGUACACUGAGCAGAAAAUGGAGGAGGAACCGAACAGAAACUACUUUGGUCCUAGAUACCUAAUUCCAAAAUAUUUGAACGCCUUCUGGGAGUUGAUCAGAGGUUUAACAAUGGGCUACACACAUGGACCGGAGUACAAGGAGGGAUGGUUCUCCAUAUUGGUUAGGGUUGUAGGAUUGGUGCUUCCGGGAUUGUCCGCACAUUCCCCAACAGAUUAUAUUAACUCUGUGAGGCUUGGGAAGGAGCCAAUGUUCAACUAAAUCAUCGGGACGAAGCUUCUCAUACCAGUCCUGAGUUUGUGGUGGCAUGAGUGGUCGCAGCUAUCAAGUUAUGAGGUCAGUUUAUCGUUUUGGCACGUUCACCAAUAAAAUAAAGUGGCGAGAGCACGGUCAUGCUGGAUUGAGCUCCUUGGAGUUGUUCCCUAUCUUCUUGUCAAUGUGCUUUUCUACAACUUCCUAUUUGGGGUGUAACUGCAACUUGUUUCAGUUUCAGAAUAUAAAUAUACUCUACACGGUGCUCCCAGUUCAAUGUC